GGGGGGAUGAUGUCAUGGUUUGUAGUCCGCGCAUGGAGGAGGAAGAUGGUCGCAGCCCUCGUCUUCCUCCGUUCCAGCCUCCAUCAGCAGCCUCCCUGGCGUUUUCCUUUGUAAGAAGAAGGAUGCCAUCGCGCGCGCCGCAUCCCUCCUGACGGAUGCCGGUCAGAUCAUCGUCCGCUGCGGGUAAACCGUGACAUGGAGCGGCUCCUCAGAUGCAGCAUUUGACUGAGCUCGGUCCGGCUGUCGGUCCUUCUUGGAUGCUAUGAGCAGACGGCAGCGUGGAAGAGCUAGUUCCUUCCAGAAAGGAGAAGGAGGACUAGGAGACAAGUCGUAGGGAGUCGCCUGAGAGCGGCGGGAGCAGCUGGUGGUGGGAGGUGGGGGAGCGGAUCGGCAGCACUCCCGUUUUCCAGAUUCAAACCAUGGCAGCUAAGUCGGACGGGGUGCUGAAGAUGAAGAAGAGCGACGUGGCCUUCACCCCGCUGCAAAACUCGGAGCACUCGGGCUCGGUGCAGGGGCUCCACCCGGGCGAGCAGCCCGACUCCGCGUGCGCGGACGGAGACUUCAUCAACGGGGAAUCGCGGUGCUGCGGCGGGGUGGGCUCGAACUCGACCUGCCUCCGCCUGGGCGCGGAGCUGCAGCAGUAUUCUCUGUGGGACUGCCUGUGGAUCCUCGCUGCGGUGGCCGUGUACGUGGCCGACGUGGGCACCGACGUGUGGCUGUCGGUGGACUACUUCCUCCAUGGCGACUACUGGUGGUUCAGCCUGACGCUCUUCUUUGUCAUGCUGGGCUCGUUCUCGGUGCAGCUGUUCAGCUUCAGGUGGUUCGUCCACGACUUCAGCACCGAGGACAGCGCUGAGUCCGCCGCGGAUUGCUUCCACGUGGACGGGAAGAAGCUCCUCAGCGGCUCGGCCUCUCACGGAGACGUUACCGCGCAGCAGCAUCCGGGCGCGCCGCAGAGGCAGGCGUCGACCGCCAGCAAGAACACCGCGAGCAACAGCACCGCGAGCGCCGCGCUGGGCGGGAGAGGCACGAGGCGCUCGCGCCACUACACCUUCUGCAUCUGGUUCGGCCAGUCCGUCAUUCACAUCCUGCAACUGGGUCAGAUAUGGAGGUACCUUCGCACCAUCUACCUGGGCGUGCGGAGCCGGCAGAGUGCAGAGUCUGAGCGCUGGCGCUGGCACUGGAAGAUGGUGUACGAGUUUGCAGACGUGAGCAUGCUUCAUCUGCUGGCCACCUUUCUGGAGAGCGCUCCCCAGCUGGUUCUGCAGCUUUGCAUCAUCAUUCAAACGCACAAGCUGCAGGCUGUUCAAGGGAUGACAGCAGCAGCCUCUCUGGUCUCUCUUGCCUGGGCGCUGGCCUCCUACCAGAAAUCCCUGCGAGACUCUCGAGAUGACAAGAAACCCGUCAGCUACCUUGCCGUCAUCAUCCAGUUCUGCUGGCACUUCUUCACCAUUGCAGCCAGAGUCAUCACCUUCGCUUUGUUCGCCUCCGUGUUCCAACUGUACUUUGGCAUCUUCAUUGUCCUGCACUGGUGCAUCAUGACCUUCUGGAUCGUCCACUGUGAGACUGAUUUCUGCAUCAGCAAAUGGGAGGAGAUUGUUUUUGACAUGGUUGUUGGAAUCAUCUAUAUUUUCUCCUGGUUUAAUGUGAAGGAAGGACGGACAAGGUGUCGACUUUUCAUCUACUACUUUGUGAUCCUAGUGGAGAACGCCGCGCUCAGCGCGCUGUGGUAUCUGUACCGGAUACCGAAGACCACAGACGCCUUUGCAGUCCCAGCACUAUGUGUCAUUUUCAGCAGCUUCUUGACUGGUGUGGUGUUCCUGCUCAUGUACUAUGCUUUCUUCCAUCCCAACGGGCCUCGCUUUGGACGCUCCCCAAGUGGCCAGGGACUUAAUCUGGAUCCAACUGCUCAGUUCGCCACCUUACCCUCUGAGGGCGCCACUAACUCAUUGCGCUCCAGCCGAGGUGCCAGCUCUACUCUGGAGCGUGACGCGGGAAAGUAUUCUGAGCGUGACGGCUGCAUGCCCGUGUUUCAGGUCAGGCCAACAGUCCCAUCCACGCCAUCUUCACGUGCUCCCCGUUUAGAAGAGACGGUCAUUAAAAUUGACUUGUGUCGGAACCGUUACCCCGCCUGGGAGCGCCAUGUUCUGGACCGCGGUAUACGUAAAGCAAUCCUGGCUGUGGAGUGUUCAGUGACCCCUCCUCGUCUGCAGUACAAAGACGAUGCUCUGGUGCAGGAGCGAUUGGAAUAUGAGACCACAUUGUAGGUCCUUAGAGCUGGGCAGCAGCAGACGCUCUUCUAAGUUCCCCAAACAGACACUGAGACGAGAUUGUUUCCACUAUCAGUCUAAUUUUUAUUCCAGUGAAGUUUUUUCCCUUAUUCUUCUCCUAACAUCAUCACCCCAUCCCCCCCAACACAGCACAACUUCAGCUGACAUCCUAAGAUGUUGUGAGGCGGCACACAGGGUGCUGUUAAUUUUGUCUCCACUCAUCAGGAUAUUCUUGGUCAAUAUGGAGUGCACACGGCAAUGACACUUCUAUGAGGGUGUUCAUAAUGAAGCAAGAGCACAAAAGAUGCCUAAACCUAAAUGGUUCCAGUGUGAUCCAGAAUGGAAAGUAGUUCUAAACGAUUCACACUAAAACUCAUGUUUGAGCAUAAACAAAUUCUGCUACUGUGGAAAAGUGCUGACAGGAAGUUCCCCAGCAGACAGGGCACACAGGCAUUUCCUUCAGAACAACACAUACUUAGUGCCAAACGGGUUUCUGGGAAAACUCUUCUUUGCAUUCUGAGAUGGAGAGCAGCUCUUCAGAUUCUUACCUUUUAUUCUGUCUGGAUGGAAACUGAAAGAUUAGGUGGAGUUCAACUGACUGACAAAAGUUGGUCAAAAUUGCUUUUUUUUAACCCACUAUUUCUGUUUUAAGAAGCUAAAAUAAAGUAAACCAGCCUAAAUGGAGGAAGAGAGCUGGCCAGCGUGGAUGACAUUUGCUGUAAUGUUGAUCUGUGGUCUUUCAUCCACAACAGAACAAGUCAAAAGCUCACAAAUGCCAAGAAAAACCUCUGCUUAGCUGUCUGCGGUCCAUCCCUGUGCGCUUGGCCGUGCUUUGGUGCUGUUGAAACUGACGGCUGCUUGUCCAUGGAGAAGAAUACGUGAAUCCAGAAGAAGUGACAGGAUGAAGAACAAGAACAGAAAGCCUGAACUACGCAGCAGGAAGUGCAGUUCACUGCAUUUUUCUUAUUCAGAGACAAAGUGGAGGGCACUGAAGUCAUCUUAACUCUGUGUGUGGUAACUGUGUUUGUAUUGAGAACAUUGUGUGUGUGUGUGAGUGUGUGUGAGAGUGCAUAUGUUUUUGUUUAGCUGUAAGGACCUUCCCUAAAGGUUGAGCAACAUUGUGAACAUUUAGCGUGUUCCUUGGAACUUUAAAGACGUCUUUUAGGGAUACGACUUUGUUUAGGGGUUGGGAUUAGAACUGGGGUUUUGUUAGGGUGGAUUUGCAAUAGUUGACAUUAGGCUUAGAUGUAGACGGGAAAGGAAAAGCCUCACAGCGGUAGACAGACCAGCAUGUGUGUUUGUAAGUAUAUACUUGGCUACUGAAAUUGGCUAUUUACUCUCAACAUUUGGUAAUACCAUAUAUCCACGUCCCUUAUUUAGAAAUAUGUUGUAUUAAUUUUGUGAUAUUUUUAACAAAGUUAAGCAUCAGGCCACGCGGCACAUGUCCUCUCUGGAAACUAAAUGCAGUCCUUCAGGACCAGAAACUACAGGCUUGAAGCAUCAAUACUAAAAUACAGAACCAGAAAGUCUACGGUCUGCAACAGUUUUAAUAUUUGGGCUGAGCCAGGCUAAGCAACACCAAGCAAGGAAAAGUAAAGCUCAUAAAGACUAAAAAUGCUUGGCCAAAGCUGACUAAGGCUAAUUAAGCCUAAGCAAGGCUGAACAAUGUUAGUCUUCACACAUAUCUUGACAAGUUCAGACAAGACUGAGAGAAGUCGGGGAAGCAUUGACAUGGCUGGACAAGACUAAGCAAAGCUAACUAGUUUGCCCGUUGCUUGGGCAAGGAUAGGCAGGGCCAAGCAACAUUAGUUAAGGUUAACCAAGGCCAAUUAAGGCUAAAGGCUGUGUCACUUAGCCACCUUUGCACAUAUAACACGGAUGAAAAUUGGUCACACAUAAAAAAAGUGAGAAAAGUUGUGGUCUUUACUUGAAAUUUUCACAGAUAUUUCACGGAUGAACCACGUUUAAACCAUGGAAGAAGUACGGAUAAACCACGCAAAGAACAUGCAAAUCAACGUUGAACAUAAACGCCUGAUUAUUGUGCUGUUUAUAUGCAAUUCAUUACUAAUAUAUGUGUCAAUUACGUCAUUUGUAUGUGAUAUGUACGCCGUAUACGGGGAUAUAAAAGUUAUAUUGGUGGUUCAUGCAUGGAAAGUCUGUUAGACAUAUGUGGAACAGUCAUAAAAAAACACAAAUAUGUGAAUGCAUCUUGCAAAAAUCAUGCACAGUUGCAUUAGAUUUACGUACUAAUUACAUAUAAGCUACAUGAAAUACGCACAAACUGCAUAAUUCUCAAACGACCCAAAAUUUUGAACAGCUUAAAACUGAAUUCUUGUAAAGACGCGUUGGCCAGAAUCCUCAACAGACCUCUGCGCACAUUGACAGAUGACGAACACAAGAAACACUUAUGAAUGACGUACUGUAUAUCGCGCAGGGAUCAUGAAAGACCGACAUUUCAUACAUGGAAAAUGCACAAAAUGUACAUAGUGGCUGUGUGACACGGCCUAAGCAAGACCAGGGACGACUGAAGAAGGCCAGUUAAGGCUAAAACUUGUUGAUUUUUCCAUUACACCAGUGCCCAACUUUAACAUGUCCAGUAAAAUGGCAUUAAUAAACAUCUACCUUGUCUUCCGCUGUUUUUUGCGAACAAGGUAGAACCAAGGCCACUGGUCCUCCAUCAAUCCUGCCUAUGCUGACUCUGGGCAGUUAGAACCGUCAGGAGGAGGAACCAAAUAUCAAGACCACAGCACAGUGAGCCUUUAGUGGAAAUUCUUUAAACCAAACUAAGCAGAGCUAAAUUGCUACUAAUAAAAAUGCAUCAUAAGUAAAAGUGGGGAAAAAUGAAUAAGACCUGCGUUUCUAACGUUUAGCUCUAGAUGCUGUGAUAUGCUUUUUGUUUUUGAGUCAAAUUGUUAUAACCAUUAUCCAGCCUCAGUUUUGGACGGCUUGUUGGAGUUAGGCUGUCCAAAAUCUUAAAGUCUUUCUGUGUGCAACUACUCUUGUUUUUGUUGCAUCACAACCUUGGAGAACAUUGACCAAAGUUUAAAACCGUUGAGGAAAAAUAGCUGAAGAAGGCACAGAGCGGAUUUUUUUUUACCUUGUCUUAUAAGGAAAUCAUCCACAAUUGCUCCCCACCAGACCAUUAACAACAAGUUCAUCUACCGAGUCUUCGCCCUACAGGUGACAAUGGGCCUGGCAGGCAACGGUGACAUUGCAACUUAAGUUAGCAUGUUAAGUAAAACAUAACGUGUGCUCUAAAAGCAAGCACACUAUGCAACAGGACAAAAUAUAAAUACCACGUAGUAUAAGACUGCAGGAUAGAGUAGCGCUCAUGGCUAUUCAGCCAAGGUUCUGCAAAGCUGAGCAAGGCCAGUUAAAGAUAGGCAAGUCUGGCUAAGGCAGGCCCAGCCAGGCAAGGGUGCACAAGGCAAGGUAAGGCAGAACAAGAACCACUGAGUAAGCAAACUUGAUCAACAAUUAGGACAAGUUAGGUUAACUGAGAUUUUUAAUGCAACCUUUCGCACUACUGCCUACCUAUGUAGCCACAAGGGGACCCAAGUCUGGGUCCUCAUGUGCCGGUCCCCAGCCCGGAUAAUAUACAGGGUUUUGUCAGGAAGGAAAUCUGGCAUAAAACUCUCUGCCAAACCACCUCCGCAGAUCAGUGAAAGCUGAUUCGCUGUGGUGAAGGGAUAUAACAACAUUGUAACUGCAUUAGUUUUGACUUGGUGCAGAUUGAUUUGGCUUUACUAGCAGCCUAAACACAGCAGCCUAAGUUUUAUUCAACUGUGAGAUGCAGCGGUUGGUGUUUGUUUAGUCCACUUUGCUACAACAAGCCCGCCCACAUUGAGAUGGUUAGAGAUGUAAUGGAAACAGGAAUACAACAGAAGCCAAAUCUUGGUGGGUCAAGCUGAAAAGCCCAAAGAAGAUUCUUUUAUUUGAGUAAGACUAGACAAGGUUGAGCAAUGCUAAACAAGUUUAAUUAAGCAAAGCUGUCCAAAGCUUGGCUAACCAAAGAUACUUAAAGGUUGGCAAGUUUAGAAGAGGAUAAGCAAGACUGAGGAAGGAUAAACAAAGCUAAGCAUAGCCAGUUAAUGUUUACAAAGUCUGGAGCAAGACUAAAGUUGCAGACCAGGACCAAAGUUCAAAUGGAACUGUCCUUGUCAUUUCUAUCUACACUAUCUCAGCCUGGCUCUCAUGGCUGUUAUUUGGCUCAGCUUGCUUGUUUUAGCAAAGGAGGCCAUAUGCAAACACCUAACCAUAAAUCCUGCUGUGUUUUGACUGCCACUGGCACGCCACUAAGUCAGAACAACUUAAAAUGUAGUAGAGUCAGGCUUAGCUGAGCUGGUGCUAAUGGAAAUGCUCCUAAAGCAAGGAUGGAAAAGGCUGAGCCAGAACCCAGAUCCAUGAUACUACUGUUCUUCUUCACUGCCUAGCUCUGUUCAAGGCAGCUCUGUGUCUUUGUGCUGUGUGCUUUCUCAGUACCUGAAUGUUCACUUCAUAGGUAGCUUGAUGGCAAAGGAAAUAUGUCAUGGAAGGAAGGAUGAAUUGGCUCAUUUAAGAUCCUGCAUAGUAAUAACAAUCAUGAGAAAUGGUCUCAGACAGGUGUGUCACCUGAUCAAACUUAGUAGAAGAGGUUCUUUUAAACAAACUAACUGGGAUCCAAACACAACCCCUUCAAAAAUGGCCAUAAUGUCAUUUUCCAUUUGGGGAUAUUGUUGCACAGCAAUACAAGGAGGUAAAGUACAGAGGACAGCAGCAUCACAAAACCACAAACUCACAGUAAAAGACAGAAGAAGUUGGAGAUGGUAAAACAUCAAAAACUUUUUCAAGCUGCUCAAUAAAGUAAGAGGCUUACAGACCACAGCAUGUGGCUCUUGAUCACAUCUGAUGGUUUUGUCCUCUUCAGAUUGCACUGCCAUACUUUGAUAGAUCUGGCAGAAAAAGAUCAAACAAUUAAAAGCAAAAGACAGCCAAGUAGAAAAGAGGGUAAAGUGAAAAGAAUUAUCUUUGGCAAUUUUUAGUUUUUCUUUGUCUUUUUUGUCAAAUAGCUGCUAAGCUAACAAAGAUCUAAUUUGAACCUUUAAGAGUUUGUUUUUCUGCCCUUCGCUUUCCCUAAAUCCUGGUCAAAAGUAUUUCUCAGGAGAAAAAGUUCCAGAAGACAUCUGGAGAAUUUGCUCUCCUCCACAUGAAUCUAAAAGUAAAAGAACUGGAAGAUGGCAUAAAAAGAGACAAAAGCAGGUGAGCUAUAUUUGAAAACCGUUCCAGAAGGGAUGUCUCACCCGCAGUGUGAAGGUCAGAUCUAAAUGAACAGAGUUACUUCUUUGAUAAAGACGACGAUGUAGCUGCUGACCUGUUGACAGCAAGCUGUGCUGCAGUGUUUGUGCUUCCUUUGUGUAAUGGAACCUGCUGUGGGGAGGGGUGUCUACAUCAGACAAGUCCUCUCUUCUAGAAAUUCUUGUCAGGCCUUUGUGCAAAACUAUCAACAAAGCUUCAGAGACAUGCAAGGAACCUUCAAUUGUAGGAUGAGCAGCCGAGCACACAGAGUACGUGGAAUCCAACCAUGAAAAGUUGGACAAUUCCUCUAUGAUAUCAAGCAGCUACUUUUUCUUUCUGUUGGCUUUUGAUUUUGAGUUUCUGGCCUCAUGGCUGACUGGCAGAACCUGUAAGGACAGAGAACAUGGACUUGAAUAUAGAAAAAUGGUCAUCGGGUGUCAGCUCUAAAAAAUCAGCAUAUUGAUUGUGACUGAUCUGAAUGGCUCCUCAGGAUGGAGCAAGGUCAAGCUGGUGGUCUGCAAAGCCGUUAUUUUGGGGAGUGUUGCGAUUGCCUAGACCCAUUUCCAAACACUGUGCACUGGAUCCUGAACAUGUGAAAAUAAUUUUUGUUCAGCAGCGGCUGCUGAAGGCAGCUGGAUCAUUGGGUCAAACCGAAGAAGAUGUGCUGACUUAUACGGCGACAGAGUAGGAUCUUUGUUGGAGGGAGUUUAAUGGUAUGGGGCAUCUCAGGUUGUCUCCAUGGUUGGGGUAAUUAAGGAUGAGAAACACCAGGCAAUGCUAAUUAAGCAUAGUCCACAUCAUGCCACCAUGCAUGACGGUGUGCAAGAAGAAAUGUUGUUUGGAUUUUAUCCCGUGUGGUUCUGUGUGGUCACAUCAUGUGUUCAUCGACUUCAGAAAAAACAAAAAAGCACAUUACAAAGGGGGUGGGGGGGUGGGGGUCCGUAAUUUAAAUAUUCUAUAAUCUAAAGAUCAAUUAUAUUUAAGUGAAUAUUUGAAUUCUCAGCCAUCCUUCCUCCAUCUUUCACAGGUACUUGAUGCAUGACAGCCGUUUGCUUAUCAGACACUUGAACUGUUCCCUUCAGCUCCCCUUUUAUCCACAGUGAAAAAUGGGGAAUUUAACAGAUCUCCAAGCACAAACAUGCUAGACCUCAUCCUCAUAUGAGAUUAUUGGAGAGUGAUGAGAAGACAAAAAUUCAUUUGCAGAUGUUUUAGGUCAGAAAACAGGAAUGUUGCUGUAGCACAAACAGACUGGUUUAAACACAACAGACGGCCCAGUUUGUCAGGAAGUGCCGACUCUGACGUUAGAGGCUGGCUGGUGAUUGUUACAGCUGCUUUGUGUUUUUGUGUGUCCUGUGUUGAGCCACCACGCAGGGCGGUUCGUCCUUCAGCCGUUUGUGAGUCCUCAGGUGGAGCACUGCUCUCAGCUGAAAGUGUAGCCUUGACUGUUGGCUCUUUCAUUUCUUGGGUUGCAACAGCUUUAGAUCUUUGAUGCUUUUAGUGGAGAAAGCUUCAUGAUGAUUAUUUGGCUUCCAGAACUACAACCAAACCUAAACGGUUUGUUGUUGUGAAGAGGAAGAUCAAAUCCUCCUACGGUCUUCAUCGUGUCUUCACUGCUGGAGCAGAGUCAAACAUUCUCUGCAGGUUUCCAUAAGCCUCUGCAUGCUCUGAGUGUUGGACAUGAGCUACACACAACAGAGCCGUUCUCCUUAGACUUUCUGUGUUUGUUUGUCUUUUUAGUCAAAUAGCUGCUAAGCUAACAAAGAUCUCAUUUCAAUCUUUUAGGAGUUUCUUUUCCUGGAUAAAAGAAGAGGUUUGUGCAGAGCCUCACUGGAACAUCAAAUGCUUUCCAGUCCACACAUCUUUCUUUCUGGUCAUGAUUUUGUUGCAGAGAACCGUUUUGCAGCUGGAUCUGACUCAGACCGGUUCUGUUCACUGUAGACAAUACCUUUACUCUGUUUUGACUUAAAUCUGAUGGUUUUGCCUGUAAAAUACUUAACUUUGGUUCUGUUUCUGGCCCAUCAGUCCAACCUCUGGUUAGUACAAGCACAGUGGUUUCUGUUUCUCUUGAAGUUCUGUUUGGUUGUGAACAGCUCCAGUUUUCUUUGUUCAGAGAGUGAAGAAAGGCUUUGAAAGUUUCUGAACAAUCAUGGAUCUCUGUCAGAUUUUCAUCUAUAUGUUCAGAACAAAGACCCUCUCCUACACAGUCCAACACGCUCAGGCCUUAUCUCAACCAGUGAGCAUUAGUGCAACGGAGUACUGUGGCGUUUUUGUCUUUUCGAUUUAAUCACUGAAACGGAGAGCAGAUGAAACUUAAAAUGACUGUUUUAUAUCUCAGAGAUUUCUCAGAUCAGGAGGAGUUGCUGCAGCCUCAAGGCUUCUGCCUACUUUGUUCAUUUAUUUCUGAAGGAGAAUUUUUAAGGUCAGCAUCAGCACAGUUCAACUUCACCCACAGAGCCUGUGCUGCCCCCUGCUGUCUGGUGGAUGUAGUGCAAAGAAGCAGAACACAAGCGCCAGCAAAGGUUGAGUGAAGCAGAACCCUGACAGACAGGUGAGACCAGAGUUCAGAGAGGAAAGAGGUCAUCAUCGCACCUGUCUGACAGAAGACUUGCACAGAAAAGCCCACAGGAGUGUGCUGACAAAGCAGCGUGUCGCUGUUGUGCGUGCACGUCUGUCCUCUAAGGUUCAUGUCCUGCAGUCAGUCAACGGUGCUGGACGUGAGACCUAGGCGCCAGCAGUUUGAUCACAGCGGGACAAAACUCACUCGUGUGUAGAAAUGUAAAUAUUAAACAUAACAUUCAGACUGUGAAGUCCUCAGAGUAUGAUGAACAUCCAAGAGAAUGAAAACAGAUAAAUGUGGUUUAUGUGGUGUACAAUAAUUACUACUGUUUAAGAAAAAGUGGUCUUUUAGUGAGUGGCUUUGUGUGAUUUCAGUCUGAAGAACUAAAGAUGCAUUCAGUAAGAAAAAGUACAUUUUCAUGGAAAAAUAAAUCACAACUAACUAAAAAAAUUGUAUAUAUGGAGAUUUUGUAAAUUUUUAUUUGGAUUUAACGAGACCCAAAUUACCAACAUGGGUUCAAUAAAGUACAUUGUGGUCA